GGAGAGGCAGAGCAUUAACUCAGCCAGUGUGCAGCUGCUCUCUUAUUUAAUGGGGGGGUCUCUGGUCAGAAGGAGUCAGAAGUGCCUCCAGGAGAGCAGAAGCAUGACGGAGGAGCUGGGGCCGGGUUUCGAGGAAGCAGGCAGAGAGGAAAUGCCAGAGGCCAGGGCCAGGCUCGCCUCCAGGAGCAGAGCAUGCUUGGCUCUCAUCUGCUGUGUGCUGUCAGUUCUCAUCGUCACAGGACUUGGUACCUUCCUGGUGCUUGGCCAACUCCGGACCCCAGGAAAAGGCUGUAUACGGGCAAUACCAGAACAGACACCUGAACCUUCACCACAGCCAGUAUACACACCUUCCAGAGCCAAGCCAAGGGCACACCUGACAAUUCUUAAACAAACUCCAGGGCCACAUCUGCAAAAUCAGUACCCCGCUCUGCACUGGGAACAUGAACUCGGCUUGGCCUUCACCAAGAACCGGAUGAACUAUACCAACAAAUUCCUGGUGAUCCCAGAGUCGGGAGACUAUUUCAUUUACUCCCAGAUCACAUUCCGAGGAAUCACAUCUAGGUGUGGCGACAUCAGCCAAGGGAAACAACUAAACAGGCCAGACUCCAUCGUCGUGGUUAUCACCAAGGUAACAGACAACUACCCCGAGCCUGCCCAUCUCCUCACAGGAACCAAGUCUGUGUGUGAAAUAAGCAGCAACUGGUUUCAGCCCCUCUACCUUGGGGCUAUGUUUUCCUUGGAAGAAGGGGACAGGCUGAUGGUAAAUGUCAGUGACAUCUCCUUGGUGGAUUACACAAAAGAAGAUAAAACUUUCUUUGGAGCCUUCUUGCUAUAAGGGGACAACAGCUAUAAUCAUGCAGGGCCUCCUUGCCUCCUGCUUUCCAAUAUUCUUUGCUCACGGAACUAUAAUCAGGGGUGUAGGGGAUCAGGGAGAGGGGACAGUGCUUUAGCUACAUAAUUUAGGAACCCAAAGUUGAUCCUCUAUAUACCUUAUGGACUGAAACGGUAAAUGGAAAAUUCAGAAGAGCUCAUGUUUGGUAGAGACCUGCUGGGUUUUUGAAACACCCAUCUCCAAUGGUGCAAUCUACUGCUCUCAAGACAUGAUGUUUCUGAGGUGCCCUCCUUCCUGUUCAUUGAUCAUUUAAGGAUGCUUAGUCAGUGACUCCAGUCUGGCUCCAUGGUCAGAAAAGGAGAAUGAAAUGUUCUGCCUGCCUCUAUCUCCAUGGUGCAUGAGAGCCUCGAGCAGCAUGGACUUACUGGAAAGGACUUGAACAAAAGCAGCCAAAAUGACCAGAUCACCUCCUCCACUAAACCCAAGCUUUGUGUCAAGGGCCUUCAAAGCUGCCCAUGGGGGAUCUGGAUGGCUUGGAAGUUUAUCCAAGACAGGGAUCUCCUGGUAUCCUGAGGUGUUUGAGGCUCUGGAAAGGUCCCCACCACGUAUUCAUUUUGCCCCGAUUGUUGAAAACUGGAACUCAAAUUUUCUAUUGAUUUUGUUUAAUAUAUAUAUAUAUAUUAAUAUAAUAUAUAUGGACUCAAAUCAGCACUUAUGUUUCCAAGGUGCUGUUCCCACAGCAAGCAUAAGGCUACUGUUUUUAAAAGCAAGAUGGAAAAAAUGCUUUUUAAAGACAUGUGAUGGAGUCAGGGGUGGUGGCACCCAUCUGUAAUCUGUAAUCCCAGUACGUGGGAGGCUGAACCAGGAGGAUUGCCAUGAGUUUGAAGACAACCUGGGCUAAGUAGUAAUUUUCAGGCAAGCCCGGGCUAUAUAACAGGACCUUGUCUUAAAUUAAAAUAAAAAAAAAAAAAUAGAGCACAGGCUGGUCCUUAAAGAUAAAGUAAUAUAUUCAAGGAUUUGGGAAAGAGGGCACGUGUUUUAGAAAAUAGUUAAUUUAGUGAGAAACAUUUCACUGCUUAAAUGUUUCUCAAAAGGCUACAGAACGCCAAUCGAUUCCAUAAACAUUUACUUAGUACUUGCUUGCCCUGGGGACAGAGACGUAAAUUAUUUCAGUCUCAGAUACACUCGUUCUAACAGAUUGGCAUCUCCAUCAUCUGUGGAGCUGUAAUCACGCUGGUUGUAUUAGCUAAUUAAUUAGCUAACUUGAGACACAUUGGUGUUUUCCUAAUAUGAAUAUGGGUACCAUUUGAUGAAGGACAGUCAUUAACACAACGAUUUGUAUUUCCUCUUGAGUGUUUUUAUAAUAGCUAUGCAAGGGCAGUUUCCUGUGAAUAAAUGAGAGGGGAAUAUAGGGCUACAAUUCCCCAUGGUGAGGUCCAGCAUUGAAACAACAAACAGAAAGAGGUUGUUACUGACUGGCCUCAAAUUUUGACACAAACACCUUUGAAAAUACUAGAACUCUAUGGAUGGCCUAGAGGUGCUUCGAAAAGUCUAUGUUCCUAGCAAGAGCCAUACUCAGCAUUCAAAGGUCACUUGAAUUUUGGCCUUGGCUGGCUUUGGAUCUGUUUGAGAGAACACAAUGGCUAGGCUGUACUUUCUGAGUUGGUUUUGUUGUUUUACUAAGGUACAGCAGGGGAAAAGGAAAGUGGACUUCUCCCACCUCAUCUCUUGGAACAUAUUAGGUUUCACACAUGCCAGAGCCCUUGGGUCCGAUGCGGUGCAAGCCACGUCACCCCAAAGGAAAUUCCAAUUCUGUGCUUGUCAGUAACUCCUCUGGAUUAUAGAGGCCCUUGAGUUCACUGUGCACAGGCAUGACCAUUGCCAGCACUCUCUUGCAUAUUUUUCUCAAGUGCUUACUCAGUUGGGUUUCCACAAUUGUGACAUUGGGGAUUAAUUUCUAGAGCAGGUUUGUUUAUAUUCUGUCUCUUGCAAAACACAUGCAGAUAUGUACGGCCUCAAAAUCCCCUGUUAUUUUAGGGCUUAGGAUCCUGGGAGUAUUUUGCUGUUUUCAGUAGUAUUUUAUUUAAGCUUGCAUAAUUGUCCUGAAUAUUAGCAGUAUUAUAACAUAUUGGCUACUAGCCUUUGGAGAAUUCAGUGAGCCCUUUAGUACUGGUGACAGUAUUAGAUCAGAGUAGCUACAUUCAUGCCUUGCCCUUCUUUAUUAUAGUUCAAACUUCCUGAGCUCUGUCACACAUUUACUUCUUCCAUCUACCCAUCUUGAGGAGACUUGCAAACCCAAAUUGCAGUUACUUUUCCAGAACCACACAGUAUGUUAAUUGAAUAACCAGAGCUAGAAGUCUGUCUUCUAACUCUCUACUCUUGGUGAAUGUCACUCAAUUUGAUGCAACUAGAGGAGAAAUUGAAGAGAGCAGGAGAAAUAUCUUUGACUGCCUAUGGGGCAAUGCAGAAGAGUAAGGAGACUGCUUACACAUGGUGUUCAUACCUAAACCAAUUUUCUACUCCAAAUAGAUUUUUUUCCUGGUAGUGAUAGCUCAUUCUCUGGAGCAAGUCAAGCAAAAGGAGAGUUUUGUAAAAGUCAUUGCAUCGUGGAGGUCAGGGGAGGGAUUAGGCCAAAGGAUUCCUUUUCCAAUCUAUAGCCCUGUGGCCACCCUUUGGUGGACUUCUAUUUGCUCACAACUAACACGACAGCCCUGCCAAGAGUUUGGUGGUUCUCAUUGAACUAGAAAAGUAAUCUCCACCCCCCCCCCAUUGACUCUGGGGUCUUGGCCAGUAGAGAAAAUGGCAUGAGAUUUCAGAGCUGACAUGAGCUUCCGUUCAUCUAUCCAAACUUACAUCACUUCAACAACAAAGAACCACAGGCUCGGAGAGCUGACAUCCAAAGCUUGGUGCUGGGCAGUAGCUUGAUGGAGUGUUGAAACUAAACUAGACUUCCUGUCCCCUGACCAUGCUCAGCAGCCUUUCAAUUGUUGACUGGUUUUAGUUUUUGUAUUUUUUAACUUUUUGAGCACCUGUUAUACCUAGAUGCUUUCACGAUAAGAGGGUCCGUGACAGGCAAGUCCUGCUCCACUCUGUGCACACAAGAGGAAGGAGACUCAUAGGAGUGAGUAAAUAGAAUAGUGAACUUCCAUGAUUUUAGUCUUAAAGUCAUUAAGACACACCACUUUCCCCUCUUUUGUCUUGGAGGGUAUCCAGGCUGAACAGAUGUCGGUGUUCGCCUGACUUUAGUGAUGAGCCCUAUGUGCUUUCAUUGAUUGUAUGUUUUAUGUUAAAACGUCACAUCACCCUGGUAAAAUGCAUAUUGUAUGUUGUUGGGUAUUUAAUUAACUAGUAUGCAUCCCGUGUUAUGGAUCUUAAUCUCUAUAAAUGAAAAAUUAUACAUGUUAACAUAUAUAAUAGUUGUAAUUUAAUAAACUGGCAUUGAAGGCUGAA